AUGUUUUCAGGAAAAAAAGGAAAGAAAAGUAAAGGUACCGUCAUAUCGUUACAAUCAUUUUUGUCGAAUGGUGAUGUUCCAGCAGGAACAACACAAGUGGCUAAAAAUAUUAGAAAUGUUGAUGGAGAAGACAGUGACGACGGAGGAAAAGUUCUUACAGUUGUUUGUCAACUUCCAACAGCUCCUCGCGCAAAUAGAAUAUUUGAUGAUAAUUCUAUACCUCAUAAAGCACCAUUUAUUGCCUAUGUCACUAAUUUGCCCUUUGAUGUUAAAGAGGAUGAUAUAUAUGAAUAUUUUAAUGCUAAUAAUGUUAAGUCAGUAAGACUUCCACGAGAGGACGGAGAAACUGGCAGAGUUCGAGGAUUUGGUUAUGUGGAGUUUGAAAGCAGAGAUGAUUUAAUACAUUCUUUAGGUAUACCAGAUCCUACAAUAAAAGGUCGCAGAAUCAGAAUUGACUUAUCGAAUGAAAAUGAACAAAAUUCAAGACAACGUGGAAUGAGAAGAGGCUACGAUACCGUCAGUAGUAAUGUAGAAGGAAGGGAAUCAACUAAUUGGAGGCGCGACAAUAACCAAAAGCGGGAGUCAUACAACUUUGGUAAUGAAAGGAACUCAAAUAGAGAUCAAAAGUCUACAUCUGAUGAUUUUAAUUCACCUGGCUCAUGGCGUCAAAAAAAUCCAUCUAAUUCAGCAACAGUAUCAUCUCCUGAUCAAAUUCAUCAAAAAGAUCGAUAUGCUUCUCAAGAAGAAAAAAAUAGUACAUCCGAACGACCAAAGCUAAUGCUGAAGCCUCGAACACUGCCACUUCCAGAACUCGAUGUCCAAUUGCAAGUCCCUUUAAAAUCCAAAGUUAAUGAUAAUUCUAAAUUUACUGGAACAUCGGCAGAAAAGGUUUUUGGAUCAGCAAAACCUGUUGAUACUACGGCAAGAGAUUUAGAAAUUGAAGAACGCUUGGCAGAUGUUCGUCGUCAAGAUAAUCUAAAGAAGGAUGUUAUAAAAACUACAAAUGAUUUCAAUGAAUUAAAUAUUGCAAUAAAUGAACAGGUUACAAACCUUGAUCAAAACUGGCGACAACAAUGUACAACCGAUGACAAGCAUGACAAGAAAUAUUUAAGAACAGGUAUGAGCUCGCUCUUCAGUAGUAGUAAUGUAGAAGGAAGGGAAUCAACUAAUUGGAGGCGCGACAAUAACCAAAAGCGGGAGUCAUACAACUUUGGUAAUGAAAGGAACUCAAAUAGAGAUCAAAAGUCUACAUCUGAUGAUUUUAAUUCACCUGGCUCAUGGCGUCAAAAAAAUCCAUCUAAUUCAGCAACAGUAUCAUCUCCUGAUCAAAUUCAUCAAAAAGAUCGAUAUGCUUCUCAAGAAGAAAAAAAUAGUACAUCCGAACGACCAAAGCUAAUGCUGAAGCCUCGAACACUGCCACUUCCAGAACUCGAUGUCCAAUUGCAAGUCCCUUUAAAAUCCAAAGUUAAUGAUAAUUCUAAAUUUACUGGAACAUCGGCAGAAAAGGUUUUUGGAUCAGCAAAACCUGUUGAUACUACGGCAAGAGAUUUAGAAAUUGAAGAACGCUUGGCAGAUGUUCGUCGUCAAGAUAAUCUAAAGAAGGAUGUUAUAAAAACUACAAAUGAUUUCAAUGAAUUAAAUAUUGCAAUAAAUGAACAGGUUACAAACCUUGAUCAAAACUGGCGACAACAAUGUACAACCGAUGACAAGCAUGACAAGAAAUAUUUAAGAACAGAUAAACACCGUGAAAAUGUUAGAGAUAAUCGGAAAAAAUAUCAAGAUAGGAGUGAAGGGUCCGAUACUCAAAAGAAUAGAGACGUGAAACCAAAAGAUGCAAUUAAGAGUAAACGUGAAAUAAAACCAGAUCGUCAAACUUAUAAAAAUACACAUAACCAGAGCGAUCAUGCUAUUCAAUCUUCGAACAUGUAUUCUGGACUAGAUGAAGUAUCAGAUUGAUUUUCUUGUAAUAAUGGAUACGGAAUGAGGAGACAUUUGAUUACUACGUGCUUGUAUUUUAAAAGAUAUUGUUAACAUGAAUAAUAAUAAUAAAAUACUAAGAAAUGUC